UUAUUCCCUUACCUUCCCCCUACUUUUGUUUCUCUCACUUUAUACCCCACUCUCGAGUCAUUACCGGAAAAUACUCUCCCAGAAUAUCUUCACAGGAACGCCGUUAGCCAUUUUGAUUGUAGAUAAGAGUUUCUAGUACAGAACAAAGUUAACCCUACCACCCCCUUCUUCAACCCCACACCCUAUCCCCCCAAAAAGGGACCAAAAAACCAAAAAAAGAAGAGCAAUUUCAAAGCUUUAUAGGGUCUUCAAAGUUGCUUGAUAGGUCCUUAUCUAUGCAUGAAAUAGUAAACAUGUUUUUAUAUAUAUUUAGUUGCCACUGUAAGUUUCUCUCUUGUUGCUACCUUUGAAAGCUUCUUUCUGUUCUUUUCUUUUUUUUGGGGGGUAUCUGCACGGUAUUCAAAGACUGCCAAGUUCUUCUUUAUCAAGAAAAGGGUUAUAUUUUUAGGCGAUUCUUGGGUUUCUUUAGGAAUUAGAUCGGUGAGAGUUGUUCUUCUUUUGAAUUUUGGAGUCAUAUUUCGCUUGAGUUGUUGGACUGUUUGGAAGUUAGUAGCUUAUAUUUAAAAAUUUUAUGUAUUGAACAAGUGUUAAAGGAAGAAGCUUUGUAUAUGAGGGUUCAAGUUAUUGCUAGCAUCCAAUAUCCAUCUGGUAACAUGAGAAGAUAGUAUUGACUUUUCUGUGUUGGGGGAAAAGAAUGGUUGUUUGCAAGUAAUUUGUAGGUUCAAAGAGUGAGGUGUGUGUGUUAUUUUUGAGGAUGAGGCUUUCAGGGAUAAUCUGAUACGAGCUUUGCAACCAUGAGUUGCAGUGAGAAGGGAGGAGAAAGAGAAGAGGAAGAAAAUCCUGUUGGUAGUGUACAGAAAUAUGUUGAAGACGUUUCACGGAAUGGAUCAAUAUUACACUCAACACAAUUAUCUAUUGAUGAGAGAGUGCUGGUGGAUCCAAAACAACUCUUUAUUGGAACAAAAAUUGGAGAGGGAGCUCAUGGAAAGGUUUACGAAGGAAGGUAUGGUGGUCAAAUUGUUGCAAUAAAAGUACUAAAUGGUGGUAACACCUCAGAAGAAAGAGCUUCACUUGAAAGCCGCUUUGUUCGGGAAGUUGUUAUGAUGUCAAGAGUAAAACAUGCGAAUCUUGUAAAAUUUAUUGGAGCUUGCAAGGAUCCUUUGAUGGUCAUAGUUUCAGAACUACUGCCUGGAAUGUCCCUUCGGAAGUACUUAGUCAGCAUUCGACCAAAAGUGCUUGACCUUCGUUUGGUUUUAAAUUAUGCGCUUGACAUUGCCCGGGCAUUGGAAUGUUUACAUGUCAACAACAUUAUACAUAGAGAUCUAAAACCUGACAAUUUGUUGCUCACGGCCAAUCAGAAGUCUCUGAAGCUUGCAGAUUUUGGGUUAGCAAGGGAAGAGACCCUCACUGAGAUGAUGACAGCAGAAACUGGGACGUAUCGCUGGAUGGCACCUGAGUUGUACAGCACUGUUACAUUGCGUCAGGGGGAGAAGAAGCAUUAUAAUAACAAGGUCGAUGUUUAUAGUUUUGGUGUUGUCCUGUGGGAAUUACUUACAAACCGCAUGCCAUUUGAGGGAAUGUCAAAUUUGCAAGCUGCUUAUGCUGCUGCUUUUAAGCAAGAGAGACCUAGUCUUCCAGAAGAUAUUUCUCCCGACUUGGCAUUUAUCAUACAAUCAUGUUGGGUGGAAGACCCUAACAUGCGACCAAGCUUCAGCCAGAUAAUUCGGUUGCUUACUGCAUAUCUCUUCACACUUCCACCACCCUCACCAUCCAUACCAGCAGCAGAAUCUGUGGAGCAGAUGGUUGCCAGCAAUGGUACUAUUGUGGAGUUUUCUGCACGAGCAAAGGGAAAAUUUGCAUUUCUUCGCCAACUUUUUGCUGCAAAGAAGGCUAAGAAUUCACAGUAAGCUGGCAAAUUUUCGCACUCGCUAUCCAGCUCAGUGAGAGGGCAUGUGGUAGGACAUCUUUUCAAGCUGAGGUAUCAAGUGUUGAACAGAAAUAAUGUUAGUCGACUAACCAUUAAACAAAACAAAGGAAGAAAACAAUAGUUAAUGCCAUUGUAAAGGAAGUUUGUUGCAAGUAUUAUCUUGUUCGUAUCUAAUCCUCUCAUUUUUAUGGCUCUGUAGCGUUGGCCGUAUAGUAGCAUUUUCUUUUGCGUUUAUCACCUGGUAUCAGGAUGGAGGUGGUUGCUUCCUGAUAGAUGUUUCUAACAAUAUAUGUUGCGCUAUAAUUUUAAAAAUAUAUGUUACACUCUAUUCUGGAUUAA